CCCCAGCGCCCGGUAUCCAAGAUGGCGGUCACAAGAAGAACCGUAGAGCUAUUUUAUGAUGUUCUUUCUCCUUAUUCUUGGGUUGCGUUUGAGGUUCUGUGUCGUUACCGUCCCGUUUGGAAUUUAGAUUUACAGUUUCGUCCUUUUUUCCUUUCUGGAGUCAUGAGUGCUACUGGAAACAAACCUCCAGGAGUGAUCCCAGCCAAGAUGUUGUACAUGGCGACAGACCUGAAGAGGUGUAGAGAAUAUUAUGGAAUACCACUUGCCCCACUGAAAGAUCCUGUUGAUACUCUUUUCAAUAAAGGAUCUUUGUCAGCUAUGCGUCUUUUAACUGCCACCAAUGUGUCUCAUCCUGAUAAAACAGAACAUUUAUCAAGGGAGUUAUGGAUGAGAAUCUGGUCUAGAGAUGAAGAUAUAGUUCUUCCAGAAAGUCUGAAAGCAGCUUGCCUCACAGUUGGCUUGAGUGAUACCCAGUCAUCUGCUCUUCUCAGUCGCCUGUCAGAUAAAGAUAUCAAAGACAAGCUUAAGGAAGUGACACAGAAAGCGAUAGAUGCAGGGUCAUUUGGUGCUCCGACUAUUAUAGCUCAUCUAAAUGAUGAACAACACAUGUUCUUUGGUGCAGAUAGAUUUCUGUUUCUUGCUCAUCUAUUUGGUGUCCAGUGGCAAGGGCCAUUGAAACCAGAUAAGUCAUCUUUAUAGGAUGCUGUGUCAACUCUACGGUGCCCCUUUUGUAUACCACUGGUUGUUUGCACGUCACAUGCUUGGUGACACUUGCAAUUUUUUAUGAAUGAACAACCAGCAGUCAUAAUAGGGUUUAAAAUAAUGGCUGCACAUCAGAAAGUGUCCACCCAGAAUUGGAACUUGUCUGGUCAAAUCUAGGGCUUGCCAGACAUUUUGAACAGUAACAUUGAGCCAGAAGCAAGGUAGACUGAACUAAGACUAUUGACUAGUUACCUACUGGCUGUUAUUUUAAGCCCUGCAUAAUUCACAUAAUAUUGCAGCUUUACCAUGAUCAAUGCAGAAAAGAAAAACUUUCYCUUAUUUCUAUAUUCUUUGGUGUCUCUUAAUUAAUGUUUCACCUUAGAAUAUCAGUAAGGACGUUAUGUCAUGAAUGAAAAUAAAAUGUUAUAUCCCCUCCCCCCUAGUCAAUAUGACUGUGUUAAGGGAGGGGAGGGAAGAGUUCAGUGUCAUGUUUGAAAAUGAACACGUUGCACAAACACUUUGCAUUUACCGAAAAGCAUAUCAAAUGUGUCGUAAUGGUUAAUAGGAAUAUCUGAUCAUUAUCUAAGCAUCUUAUCUCGUACAACAGCCUUCAGGGAAGCUGGAAUAUGAGGUGCAUUUGUCUGAGGAAUAUAAUAUAACAAGAAUUUGAAGUCA